AUGGUAACACCUCACUGUACGGCCAAGGAGUUACGGCCUAGGGUUUCCAAUGGUUUGAUGAAGAGAUGGCAACACCUCACUAUGUACGGCCUAGGGUUUCCAAGGUUUGAUGAAGAGAUGUUCCAUUGCUGCCAUUGCUGGUAUCGUGAUUGGCUCAUUAGUUGGCGCCAUAACCCUGAUAGCGGCCACGUGCUGUAUCGUCUGCUACUGCGUGGUGAAGCGAAAAGAGGAUUCCAAUCUCGUCUGACCAAUAAGUGCUCGAAAGGUAAUGCUUUACAUUUCUCUAAACUCCGAGCGAGGCUUUGUCUGACAGGGCGCAACAUCGAUAACCUCCAGAAAGUCGUGGAGAUGUGUAAAAAGGCGGGACUUGAGGACUCCAAGAUAACCUGUGUUCCUGGGGAAAUUACAUCAGAGGAUGACAGAACGAAGAUCCUUAAACACACCAUUCAAACGUUUGGAAGACUCGAUGUUUUGGUAAACAAUGCAGGAACUAUCACGUACUCCACGACAACAGACACGACCCCAGAACAGUACGACGAGAUGAUGAAUGUCAAUACUCGGUCACAAUUCUUUCUCACACAAGCGGCAAUACCUUACUUAAAAGAAACUAGAGGAAACAUUGUGAAUGUAUCAAGCAUAUGUGGACAACGAGCUAUGGCAGCUGUAACAGCCUACUGUAUGAGUAAGGCAGCGAUGGAUUCCUUCACAGAGUGUCUGGCUUUAGAACUUGCUCCGUUCGGUGUUCGCGUGAAUGCUGUCAAUCCAGGAACAGUUAUCAGUAUGAUUACCCGUCGUGGCCAUUCUGCUUACCAAAAGGAGGAAGACUAUCGGAAGUUUCUAGAUAUACAGACUACGAAACACCCUAUCGGCAGGGUAGGGGUUCCACAAGAUGUCGCUCAAGCCAUUGCUUUCCUGGCUUCUGAACAAGCGUCGUUCAUUUCUGGUCAGAUAAUGUUUGUAGAUGGCGCUCGUCAUUGUGUUUCCUCUGCAGUAACAACUUCUGUAAAGUGA